AUGUAUCAGAAAAUCAUUGAAAAGCAAUCAGCAGUCGGACUAAAAGACGAUAUUAGACCUUAGAGGCUUUGGAAGCUCAUUGUUGCUGGCAACCUUGAAAAUGCUAAAUUGAUCUUUGAAAAAGUUCUUAGAAAAAAUUCAGAAAUAUCCCUUUAGAGUGGAGAAUUUUUUGACUCUUCUACUUCAAGCAACAGCUCCCAAGACCAAAUGAAUACUUCAAUUGAGAAGCCUCUUAAUAAAUUCGGUUGGACGGCGCUUCAUGCUGCUUGCUUUUAUGGAUAGAUUGCUAUAGUAUAAUACCUUGUAGAACAGCUUAACGCUGAUGUAAAUAAUACUAAUUAAAAUGGAUGGAACUCGCUAAUUUUUGCAAUAUUUGGCGGUCAUCUUGACGUCAUAGACUACCUACUUUAUGAGACUCCGAUUAGACUCGACUUACUCGACAAAUAAAACAUGGAUGCUUUGACAAUCUCAAAAGAGAUUGAUGAUCAGGAAGUAGUGGACCUUAUUCAAGAGAAAUUGGAGAGAAGUUGUGAUUCUUAUCAUAAUUUAUCGUACGAAUCUCUCCUUAAAAGUUUAGAAGAAUAUUGA